AUGGUGACAUCUAAAAAGUACCACGAAGCCAUCAUCGGUGCCGGUAUGCUAGAGGAGAAUUUGAAAAAGGAGGAGUUAUUGGUUGUUUAUGACCAGAUAUUUGACAUUUACCUCGAGUAUAGGGCAGAGUUGGUGGACGCAAUGGCAAAAACAACACCAGUCAGUGGGGCGUCUUCAAGUGGAGGUACUCUUCCAUCAACAGGGCAAACGUCAUCGGGGAUCCGACUUCCACGCAUCGAUCUACCAAAAUUUGACGGGUCGUAUGUUACGUGGCGUGGUUUCCAUGAUCGAUUCCUAGCUCUCGUUCAUAAUACCAAGGCUUUAGAUGAGAUCGAUAAACUGCAUUUUUUGCAGUCCUGCUUAAUUGGAGAUGCCAAUCGGUUUCUGCAGAACAUAUCGGUGGAAGCAGCUAAUUACCAGAAGGCGUGGGAGCUUUUAGAGGAGCGUUAUGACCACAAGCGCAUUUUGGUGCAUAUUCAAAUGCAAAAUUUGUUUGGUCAACCUUCUCAAACUCGAGAAACUGCUUCUGGUCUGCAAGAACUUUUGUACACCACAAGAGAAUGCUACCUCGCUCUUGAGAAUAUGGACGUUCCGGUGUCUACCUGGGACACAGUCUUGAUUUGGUUCAUUGUCCAGAAACUCCCCAGCACAACUCAAAAACUGUGGGAAGAGAAGUUAGGAAAUCGAAAAGAGUUGCCAAAAUUUAAAGAACUUACCGAGUUUUCGGAGACACGUUUCCGGACUCUUGAGGUUGUGGGCCAACAGGAACUUGGUGCAGCAGGCAGAAACAAGAACGAGCAAACCGUCAACAGCAAGCCGCGUUUCCAGCCUGCGAAAUCGAAGAGUUUCCUUGUGAAACAAUCAGCCAAGCAGCCUUCCAAGCCAGUACCGAAGACGAACACUGUGGAGCAGUUGGUAUGCAUGCUAUGCAACCAGGAGAAGCACUCGUUGAAGAGAUGUCAGCAGUUCCUGAAUAUGGACAAUGUGCGACGAAGAGAUGUCGUUCGUAGGUUAAAGGUCUGCGAAAAUUGCCUUUCUUACAGACACUCUCUCCACGAAUGUCCCAGUUCCACCUCCUGCUAUUUCUGUCAACAACGACACAACACAUUGCUGCAUACUAAUCAGCCGAGUUCCAGCACACACACACCACAACAACAACCACAGCCUGCAGCUACUUCAGCUCAGGCUAAUGUACCCAGCUCGAACGCGUUAUACUCGUCCGUAAAUCCGAACGCGCCUGAGUUCCAGCCAAUGGGUCAACAACAACAACAAAGUUUUAACUACCACACGUCGCAUGGUGAUCGUUUUACAACACAUCAGGUGCUUCUAGCGACAGCAGUUGUUAAGGCCCGAAGUGCAGAUGGCCGGCUACGCCUUUAA